AUGAAAUCCACUCUCGUUGCAACCGCGGCAUUCGCCUCGCUGGGCGCCUCCGCCAGCAUCCCCCGCAGCGAGACGACCCCGUCCGCCUACUGGGGAGUCACCGGCUUCAGCGCCAGCAAAGGGCAUCUCAGUAGCUACGUCGCCUACUCGUUCAACGUCACGAGAGACUCGACCACCACGCCCGUGACGGCGUCGUGCAGCGGCUCCUACGACGCCGGCUCCUCGAGCGCGACCUGGCUGGCGUCGGUCACCAAGGGCGUCUGCAACGACGGGGCCGUCAGCUGGGGUUUCAUGAACGCGGCCAACAACGGCAGCGCCGCCAACCCGGCCACUCUGGGCGUCUUCUGGUUGUUGGAGGGUAGCCUCCACGCACAUCAUGCCUUCCACGAAAUCCCCGGCGACCAGAUCCGCAUUGUGCUCAACAACGCACAGAACCCGUACGACAAUGAUGUCUACUACGUUGGCCCGAAGGACUUUGACAUCAUCCCGCUCGGCUAG